CAUGUGACACCAAGAUGGCGGCGCCGCGGUAGCUGGCUCCGGGUUGUGGCGUCCGAGGAGCCGCGACGGUUUCUGCCCUCGGGCCGACGGGGGCGGCAACGCUUGGCUGACCCUUGUGACGGCCCGUAGCCCCGCGUUUGGCAUCCGUUCAGGUCGGGGGCUGUUGCUGCGCGGUGGGUUCGGGGGAGUGCGGGUGACCUCGCCGCAGGUGCCUUGCGCCGGCCGCGGUCGCCGAAGGAGGAGGAGGGCGACCAGUCUCCCCGGUCUUCUGGGCCUGCGGCUUUGGGGUUCGUGAGGCCGCCGAGGGCUCCGGCGGAGCUCCACAUCUGAGGGUGCGGCUGAAGUUCGAGUCCUCGAGUGUGUGAGAGGCAGCCUAGGACCCCUGAGGGCUGAAAAAACGCCGCAAGGACCGUGCUGCUUCCUCCAGAGGCCUGGCCUCCCCGCAGUCUUUUCCCACCCUCCUCUCCAUGUCCUCUCCACAUAUCUGGAAAUAUGAUUAGCGCCCCAGAUGUGGUGGCCUUCACCAAAGAGGAUGACUACGAGGAGGAACCUUACACUGAGCCGGCCCUGCCCGAAGAGUACUCGGUGCCGCUCUUCCCUUUUGCCAGCCAGGGAGCCAACCCAUGGUCCAUACUGUCCGGGGCCAAGUUUUCGCGGGACUUCAUCCUCAUUUCCGAGUUCUCGGAGCAGGUGGGACCCCAACCCUUGCUGACCAUCCCCAGUGACACCAAAGUUUUUGGCACUUUUGAUCUCAAUUACUUCUCCUUACGGAUCAUGUCUGUGGAUUAUCAGGCCUCCUUCGUGGGCCACCCCCCUGGUUCUGCCUACCCCAAGCUGAACUUUGUGGAGGACUCCAAGGUGGUGCUGGGCGACUCCAAGGAGGGAGCCUUUGCAUAUGUGCACCACCUUACCCUCUAUGACUUGGAGGCCCGUGGCUUCGUGAGGCCCUUUUGCAUGGCUUACAUCUCGGCUGACCAGCACAAAAUCAUGCAGCAGUUCCAGGAGCUUUCGGCUGAAUUCUCCAAAGCUUCUGAGUGCCUGAAGAUGGGAAACAGGAAGGCAUUUGCCGGGGAACUUGAAAAAAAGCUGAAAGACUUGGCUUAUACCAGGACAGUGCUGCAUACAGAAACAGAGAUCCAGAAGAAAGCCAAUGACAAAGGUUUUUACUCAUCUCAGGCGAUCGAGAAAGCCAAUGAACUGGCCAGUGUGGAGAAGUCCAUCAUUGAACAUCAAGACCUGUUGAAGCAGAUCCGUUCGUACCCUCAUCGGAAGUUGAAACAGUCCGAUUUGCCUGCUAGUGAAACGGGGGAGACAAGCCAGGAUCAGGCUGACCCGACAUCCACUACCUCUAAUCCCAAUGAGCCUGCAGACACAGACCUUUAUGCCCGCAGAGCAGCCUACACCCCAAAACUCAUCAAAGCAAAGUCUUCCAAGUGUUUUGACAAGAAGUUGAAGACCUUGGAGGAGCUUUGUGACACUGACUAUUUCACCGAGACCCUGGCCCAGCUCAGCCACAUCGAGCACAUGUUCAGAGGAGACCUGUGCUACCUCCUGACCAAUCAGAUUGACCGGGCACUUCUGAAGCAACAGCACGUCACCAGCUUCCUCUUUGAAGACUUUGUGGAGGUCCCUGUUAGGGUAACAGAGAAACAAGAGAGCACACCCCCUGAGCAGAUUCAAGACAGGCCGCCUUCCAGGUCUCUGGAAGAAUGUCCGAUUCCAACAGUGUUAAUUAGUGUUGGUUCUUACAAGUCCAGUGUGGAGUCUGUGGUGAUCAAGAUGGAUCAGGAACUGAUGGACGAGGGGGACAGGGAAGCGGCGGUGACGGAACUGAGCAGUUUUGACCCCCAGGAGAACAUGGACUACCUGGACAUGGAUAUGAAAGGGAGUAUCAGCAGUGGUGAGAGCAUCGAGGUUCUGGGCACGGAAAAGUCGACCUCCAUGCUGUCUAAAUCUGACAGCCAGGCCAGCCUCACAGUGCCGCUGAGCCCCCAGGUGGUCCGGAGCAAAGCGGCCAGCCACAGGACCAUCAGCGAGGACAGCAUUGAAGUCCUCAGUACCUGCCCCUCGGAGGCCCUCAUCCCUGACGACUUCAAGGCCAGCUAUCCAAGUGCCAUCAACGAAGAGGAGUUGUAUGCAGAUGACGCCGAAGGAGCCAUCCACUUCCAGGCCAGCCCAGGCCUGCUGGAGCUGGGGGAGGCAGAGGAGGGCAGCGUGGAGAAUGCCCAGUCACAGACAGACUCCUCCUGCUGUAUCAGGAAGGAGAGUGACAGUGCGCUGGCACCGCUUUCCACUCCGGCCCCCAAGCUCUCUGAUGAGGACAGAGUGGUGAGCAUUCCCCCGCAGCGCCACGGGCUGAAGGGCCAGGGUUUCCCUGUGGAGUUGGCAGUGGAAAACACCAGCCCUUCUUCCCGAGACAGCAGUUCCGAAGGCCUCCCCAAUUACGAGCUGGACCCAAGCUGCCUGCUGGCCGGCCGUGAUGUCAGCAAGACCAGCCUGGACAGCUGCUCGGACGCUACGAGCUACCUGAGCAGCGCGGCCUCCACAAGCUCGGACAGGACUCCCUCCUCUGCUCAUUCUGAGAGGCAUAAAAAGAGGGCUGGCCAGAACGCCUUAAAAUUCAUCCGCCAGUACCCCUUUGCCCACCCCGCCAUCUACUCCCUGCUCAGUGGAAGGACACUCGUGGUCCUGGGGGAGGACGAGGCCAUUGUCAGGAAACUUGUGACGGCACUGUCCAUCUUCGUCCCCAACUACAGCCGCUGUGCCAAACCUGUGAAGCACUGGGUCUCUUCCCCUCUGCACAUUACGGAUUUUCAGAAGUGGAAGCUUAUUGGCCUGCAGAGGGUGGCCUCUCCCACCAGCGCCGGUACCCUCCGUGCCCUGAGCCGCUACAGCCGCUACACAAGCGUCCUGGACCUGGACAGCAAGACCCUGCGCGGCCCCCUCUACAGGGGCACUCUGGUGCCCCGGCUGGCCGACCACCGCACCCAGAUCAAGCGGGGCAGCACCUACUACCUGCAUGUCCAGAGCACGCUUGCCCAGCUCUGCUCCAAAGCCUUCCUCUACGCCUUCUGCCACCACCUGCACCUGCCCGCCCACGAGGAGGAGAGCGAGGAGUGGGUGGCUGGCCGCCGGCUGAGCUUCCUGAAGCUCACCCUGGGCCUGGUGGACGAGGACGUCAAGGUGGUCCAGUACCUGGCUGAGCUGCUGAAGCUGCAGUUCGUGCAGGGCUCUCCGGGGACCGGCCACCCCAUGCUCAGGUUUGACUAUGUCCCCAGCUUCCUGUACAAAAUCUGAGGUUGGUCCCAGCUGCUGUGACGGAGACCUGCAACUCAGGGUGCAGGGUGGGGAGGGCUUGGCAAGACCAAACAGCCUGGGCCUGGCGGUCUAGACUCCUGGUGUUGGGGGGGGAUAGAGCACAGGUGGCAGCUGUGGUUCCAUGUGGCUCUGGGCCAUGCAGCCAUCUUGGGGGGGCGGCAGCAGCUCUCACGCCCCUAGCAAAGCGUGGCCCUGGCCUGGGAGCGGCUCAUGGCUUCCCAAGGACCCGAGGCCAAGGCAGGUCCCCUGGGUGGGGUGGGACGAGGGGUGGGAAGGCCAGAACCUAAAUGGAAGGAGCACGCCAGCCAAAUUCAGCACCCAGACACACAAGUGGCAAAAUGAGUCGGGGAAACAGCCUGUUAAAUGGUGACAACUUGGUGGAAGGCAGGAUGAUGCACGUGCACUGCGUCCCUCACAUCCCACGGGCCCUUCGUGUGGCCUCAGGGCCGUGAUCCCCAGGAGGCUCCCGAACAAGCGAGGCAGAGCGGGGAGUGCUCCCCACAGCCAGGCAGAACGAGAGCGUCGCAGGCUGCAGCGAGUGAGUGCAAGCCCGCAGCACCUCAUCCCCUGGCUUGCAUCCCCACCCGGGUGAUGGGCUGCAAACAGGCCCUGAAAGUCCUUCAGCCCAGGUCAGCAGAAGCAACUGGCGGGGUCGCUAGUGCCCAGCUGGGGAGAGGGCACCAGGCAACCCGAAACCACUGUCGGGGAGCCCAGGGAUGGGCAGGGCCAGGGUGCUGUGAGGCCGUCCCCACUGUACAGGAGAUGAGCAACCAGGGGCCUUUCCUGGCCAAAGUUGGUGUUUCCCUCUUGAGAAAGGUUUCCAGAAAUGGUCAGACUCAGCAGAGGCCACCAGCUCUGGCCCCCAUCCUCGCACCCAUCUCACGCCUUUGCAACCACCUCACUACCUCGCACGGGGUUUUGCUGGCACGGCGAGAGCAGAGCUCUGCUCAGCUGCCUGGCCCGGCCUGUCGGCCACUCGGGGCGCACACUUGCAGUGGGAAGCUCCUGGAACGGCCUCUGUGUGUAGCCCCCCACGGAUCCACCCUCGGCAGGGGCUCUUCUCCCCACACUCCACUCCCAGCCCCAAGGGAGGCCCACGCUGGCAGAGGAAUUCACAGGAGGGGCCCUCCGGCCCACUGCCCCCGUCUCCUUGGCGGCAGUUGCCACAGGCCUGGCCACCCCGGGGCUCUGCCCAGUGGCCACUGAGAUGGAGAGGAAGGGUUCCUGGCAGCCUCAGCGAGUUUCUAUCUAUUCUUAAAGCAGUUUGUUCCCCUCAGUGGGGAAAACUGGGUGUUGCUGCUGCUUUUUAAUUUGCUCCAAGAAAAAAAGAUGGUGUAACGGACGUGAAUCGGGUUCUGUGGAACCUGGGUCCUGCCGUCCACUUUGCAGACCGCCAUGGAGAUCACCGAGGGGAGCUAGCUGCACUUCCCGUCCAGGAGGCCGCAGGAGCCGGGCAAGGCCGGGAUGGGUGCCUCCCCCCACUGCGGCCCUUCCUCCCCAGCACUCUGCACAAAGGAGGCGGGCCUGGUGGCGGCUGCCCCUCCACAGGGUGUGGUUUUGCCCAUGAGGCGGUGCCACCCCCACCUCGGCGUCCCUGUGCCUGUGCUGCGUGUUUUACAGACCAGGGCCUCCAGGAGGGUCCCGGGGUGCUGUGCAGCAUCCACUGUAGCACGUGAAGGCGGCUGCAAGGAGAGCUGGGCUUGCUUCCUGUCUCCCCUCAGCAUACCAUGCUCACCUUCCUGGUGGUGUAAGUGCUGCUGUUUAUUUUCUUUCCGGGUGGCUCGCAGCCGUCUGCUCAGGCAUCCGAGAUGUGAUGGUGCAGUGUUUUGUCUUAAAAGGGGAAAAGGCCUGCAGAGUCCAAAUGACAGAAAAACUGGAAAGGCGCUCACUGGCACAGCCAACACUGUUGCGUUCCUCGGUUUUGCGGCAGCGUGAAAACUUGCAGGGCAGGAAACUGACACAGUAGAGAGUUCCUGGCAGAGGCUCAGCUGCAGCCACACUUGGCCUGGAGGCCAGCGCAGAGGUGGCCACGAGAGUGCCACUCAGAGACCCGGCCUUGGGGUGUCCCCACCAGCCAGGGGAGCAGCCAGGACAUGUGGUUCCUGUGCAGAACCAGCCGCCGGCAGCAGAGCAGGCGCUUUGCUAGUCGUUUCUUCGUUAGGAAAUGAGGGCUUUGCCGGACAGCGGCUGAGUGCCAGCAUUUAGAUUUUGGGUAAAAACUUGACUCUUCAGUGUGGCAGUUUCCAGGGAUUACUUGAUACAAAGUAUGUUUCUUUGUAAAGGGAUCUUAUGGCCGUACUGGAACUGAGCCCUGGCCAGGGCUGCCCGGCCCCUCCACCCUGCAGAGCUUGACGUGUCGCGUCUGCAAAUCUGCAUGGCCCGGACACCUAUGCAACGGGACUCGUCUCUCCUAGGACUUUCACCUGGGGGGUUUCCGCUAACAUAGGGUAAUAAGUUUUAAUAAAAACAUCCAGAACAACACUUCCCAGAAGGUAGAUGACAUCGGUGCCCUCGUGACGUCUCUGUCACUCGGAAGGCCCAGGUCUGUUGAAGGUUGGGGUGUCAGCUCUACCCCCAGCCCGCGACUCCCUCCCUCUUUGUAGAAUCAGGCAGGUCCAGGAGAACCUGCCAGGCUGGCGGUUAGGCACUGGUGGUUUCAGAAGCCCGUCUUCGAGGUCUACAGAAGCUUUCAUGCUGCGUGUGGAGCCCACGUCACGCCCGCCCAAACUGCCUCCCGCCUCACGGCUCCCAGGAGCUGCGCUUGAGCACCCUCGCUGGACUUCAGAGACCGGCUCCUAGCGGCGCACCUGCUCCAGGACAUGGAAACGGCGCUGAUGGCCCCGCUGUCAACCCCACCCCAGCUUUUAGCUUUGUUCCGGUCAGUUACUAUAUUCAAAGGAUGGUAGUUUUCCACCCAGAGAGGUGACAGAUCCCUCAGAGUCCCAGAAAGGCUAGCGGAGGCUCCCGCAGGUGCUGGGGCUGCAGCAGCACCACUAAGUGUUUCUCGGGGCACAGAACAGGCACCUGCUUGCAGGACGUCUGCACACUCGGGCCCCCCACUUCUGCCAGGGCAGGUGCAUACUUCUCGCCCCCCAGUCCUCGUGCUGCACGUCAGGUCACCUGGUGUUGCUCAGUCAUGUCUUUGCACACCCGGCAGCACCAUCUCAAACCAGUUCGUCAGCAGGUGCGUGCGGCCAUCGGAGGCCCUGGCCCCGCAGCAAGCUGUCAGGGUUCCAUCCCCUUUAUCUCCCACUUCCCUAAAAAGCUCAGGAGAAAGUGCCUUGGUUUGUACUUUGAAGCAGACCAGCCAGCUUUCUGGCCUUCCCCCCAUACUGUGAAAAGAAGUGAUGAAACUGGAAUUUUUACAAAAGCUAGGGCGUACAGACUGUAAAAGCAGAGUUCUGCUUCUGGCUGCAAAGCAAAGUCAGUCUCAGCAGAUACAAAGCUUUCCUGGUCCCUUUCUCCUCUGACCGCUGACAUACCCUGGCUUUAUCUGACUAAGUUGGGCUUAGUGGGGAGAGGCCCCCCCAGCCGGUGAAUGGACAGGAGUGGGGCCCUGGCUUCCAGCUCCAAACCGAAGGGGACGGUCCCAGCCGUCACCCCCACCCAGGCUGUGUCAUGCCAGGGGCUUGCAGAUCUCUGUCCUUCAGCUGGGGGGCAGGCAGACCCCUCAAUUUAGAUUUUGGUGGCUUCAUAGCUCCCCAAUUGGAGGCAGAGCUGUAGAGACCAGGGCAUGCCCCAGCCCCAUGGCGUCCCCUUCCAGACCAUGGUGUGAGAACCAGCAAUGCCAGGCCCCCGGCUGUGGGGCCAUCCCCCAACUGUCCAGCCCUGGACAGCUGGGCCCACAGGCUGGGCUGAGAGCAGUGCUGCCUUCCCAGCCGUGGCAAAAAGCAUCAUCUGUGAUGAGUGUAUUUUGUUACUUUAAGGAGAAGCUGUUUCUUGACUGCAUGUCCCCCCUUUGUGUUUGGGUGUGUGCCAUCGACCAUCUGUGAGCGGCAGCUGUCACAGGGGCUGAUGGGAGCAGUACAGCUGACACGCCCGGCAGCAUUUUAUAGAUGUUGCUGCACAGGAGUAACCAGUCAAUGCCAAAUAAAUAGUGUAAGACAUGUACUUUUUAAAGAUUUAAUUUAUUUGAGUUCAGAUAUUUUUUGAGAUAUAAAACUUAGUUGUAUUUUUUAAAGCUAUUAUUCUUCUAGACAUUCUGUGGUUAAAAUGUAAUUGUGGUUAAAAAUGGUCAUCUAUGUUUUGCACUUCAACUUUAUGAAAAAAUAAAGUUUCUUUGGGAAGGCAACAUUGGGCUUUCUGAUUCCAGUGGGGAGCGGGGUCAUGGCCCUUCCACGUUCCCCACCAGCCCCCCACCCCACUGGGCAGCACCUGUGCGGACGUGUCUGGCUUAUUCUGAUACAAAGCACACGUCAGCGCAUUCUGAAGAAUCCCCCCCCUCAGAGCUGAUGAUCCUAAACCAGUGCUCCUUUUGGCAAGACACCGGGUAACCAAACAUUAAGAAUGGCAGCUUUUACGAGCCAUUAACUUGAGUGUUUCUUGUCUGCUGCAGCAAGUUUGGGAAGCCCAGACGCCACUGGAGAAGGGUGUUCCCUGCAUCCCUGUCCGGGGAGCUGAGGCUCCGUGGCUAGACAGUCUUCUAUUUUUCCAGAAUAAUUACAUCCGGCUGAGGAAGACAGGUUCAAACUUAAAUUCCUUAAUAACUAACAGUAAAUUACUAACAAUGGGCUUUAAACAAAUUUUGAUUUGAUCCAAUUUGUGAAGAAAAUACAGGAGGAAAGUUCAAAAAGUAACCCCUUCAGGGGGCACGGAAGUGAUGUGGCCCCUCUGGGGCCUUCUGCCUUGCAGGGUGCUGGGACCUCGGGCCAGCAAUUUCCUCGCCACCCCGCUGUCCUGGGUCUGGGGGCAGCCAAGCUCCUUUAGGGGUCGGGCAGGCCGGGCAGAGGGAAGACAGAAGCGAAGUUCUCCACCUCCUCCCUGAGAGCCCUGACAGCCCCUCUGUGCUUCUCAUCCUCUGUUAGCUUCUCCUUGAACUCCUUCAGGCUGGCCUUGACACCAAUUUCCUUCUGAAUCUGCAGCGUCAGUUCUAUGCCUGCACCAGCAAGACACGAAACGAGCCCACUGUCUGGCAGCUUAGGUGCGGCCACAGCCCUGGGAGCCGGGGCAGCCCUAGGCCUGCCGAGAGGGGAACUGGACUGAGCCCAAAGCACAGAGGGGUGAGUGUGGCACUGGAUGCCCCCUGUCCUGGGCAGAGAGCAGCAGGACAAGUUCACAGACGUCUCAGACAGGAUGUCCUGCUGACGUGAGUUCUGCCAUCUCUUGUCCCACCAGCCCGAGAGGGGAACGUCCCCACCCUGUGUACUCACAGCCAGAAGCUCCAUCCACCCACCAAAAGGCGGCCAACUUCCCAAACCAUAUCCUACCUCUGUGAAUGAAGUGGGCUACUUUUUGGAAGUCUUUUUCCAGAAGUCCACGGGAUGUCAGUGCUGGAGUCCCCAGUCUCAGACCGCUGGGCCGGAGAGCACUUUUGUCACCUUCAAAAUAAACAGGACUCUGUCCAUAACCCACGCAGGACCUCCUGCUGUGCGUUUGAACAGGGACACGGGGGCCAGGAGGAACGGACCCGGAGAUGCCGGCUGUGGGAACUCCGUGGCUUCUGCUUCAGUGUGCAGACAGGCAGGAAGCUGCCUUUGUCUGGGAACGUCUUGCUUCACUACACUAUGUUCUUGCACAUGGUCCAUUCCACUCCCAAGCCAGGCUUAUCUGUUGUCUACUUGCCUGUCGAUCUUGGUGUCAUAAAGGUCAAAACGUCCUGCCUCCCCUCCUGCCUCCCCAAACAGCCUUGAGUGCCAGCACGUCUCCCUGCCCUGAAAAUCGCAAUAAAAACUGAGAUGAGAGUUGCUGGGGAGAACACUCUUCCUUGAGUUGUUCUCACUCUCACCUCUCUUGACUUUCAUCUUCAGUAAUUCAUUGUGUCACUGUGGUUACUGCUGGACAGAAAACCACACCAGCUCAGUCUAAGGAGCUGCCUGAGAACUGAACUAAACACUAGAGAGGGACCCAAAGGCCCAACAGGGUGGGAAAGAGGGAGAAUCACGCUCUGACCACUUCAUUUUAGAAUCUGCAGAAUCAUCUUCUGUGACGUGGCCUUGCUCCUAACACGGGCUAAUCCCAGUCUCGGUUUGAGAUGAGCCACUUCCCUCCUCCACGUGACCGCCUGGCCUCCAAGCACUCGAGACCAGGCCAGUCCAUCUCUGCUCCCCGCUGGGUGAAGGCUGCAUCUGUGGGGACCCAUCCAGCAUGGCGCACCAUGCCCCCAGAUCAUGGGACAUCUGCCCCCAGCACCCGCUUCUUCACAGGGUGGAACUCGGCCCCGGAGAUGCACACAGGAGAUGGACUCAGCAGGCCAAGGGUUCUCACCUGGGCAGGUGUUUUUGUUGCAGGCGAUAGAACAGGCUUCUAGCACCUUCUCAGCCCUUCCACCAUCGGUUCCUUUGGAACGGAGAUCCACAAGGAUCAAAUGGUUGUCGGAACCACCUGGAAACCAAGUCAGAGCUGUAAAAACACAGAAAGCUGAUUCCAGGCCAAGGGAAGGAAUCACUUUCUCCCCAAGAAAUGAGGGCAGGGACAGCAGGAGGCUGCAGCAGAGGCCAAGAGAGUGAGCACUCCCCAACACACUCCAGAUUUUUAAUUGCUUGCUGGAGAAGAGACACCCCAGGACCUAGAAAUUUGGGAGAGGACAGAAUCCUUUCAGAACAGGUGAGCGGCACAAACAUUGAGGACUGACAGCUUGAUAUGCUGAGCCCUCUAUUACAGGACUUGCCCUUACGAAGCUCAUUACUGCAAAAGAGAGGCUAAACCUGCUUAUAAUUGUGCCCGAGAGU